GACAACCCUCACAAGUGCGGUGGCGCCAUGGAGCUUCCAGACAACGGCCUCCGGUUAUCGCUCGUCUACUACAUCAACCCCCACUGGGACCCGGAAAGCGGCUACAACGGAGGUGGAAUGGAUGUCUUCUUGACAGAUCCGCGCAUAGCACCGCCAUCUGCCUCCACCGCGAGGAAAGCACCGAAGCUCCGCAUCGCUCCUCAUGCCGACACACUGGCCAUCUUCUUGUCCGAGCGCAUGGCACACCAG